AUGCUCGCCAGGGCUGGCGGAUCAGCCCGUCGAAAGGUGGCUGUGGCCCACGGCAGCAAACAUUGGACUGCUGUGACAGAUAUAGUAUCUGCACAAAUCACACAGUCCAAGUCACAGGGUGCAUCCCAGGCAAUGCUAUAUGGGACUGGCCUGAACGAGGACGACAUGAACAAGGCGCAAAUUGGCAUCUCAUCAGUCUGGUAUGAGGGCAACCCGUGUAAUAUGCACUUGAUGGACCUAUCCGACGUCAUUAAGCAGUCGGUAGCCAAGGCCGGCCUCGUACCGUUCCGCUUCAACACCAUCGGUGUUUCGGACGGCAUAAGCAUGGGCACCACAGGCAUGCGUUUCUCCCUCCAGAGCCGCGAGAUUAUUGCAGACAGCAUCGAGACCGUCAUGAAUGGCCAGUGGUAUGAUGCAAACAUAUCUAUUCCCGGCUGCGACAAGAACAUGCCCGGUGUCCUUAUGGCCAUGGGCCGUGUGAAUCGUCCCAGUAUAAUGGUCUAUGGCGGAACUAUCCGGCCUGGAUGCGGCCAGAGCGGCCAGCCACUGGAUAUUGUGAGCGCCUUCCAGGCAUAUGGUCAAUAUAUCGCAGGGAGUAUCACCGAAGAGGAGCGCUUCGAUAUCAUCCGCCACGCUUGUCCUGGCGGUGGAGCCUGUGGUGGCAUGUAUACAGCGAACACCAUGGCUAGCGCUAUUGAGACUUUGGGAAUGACUUUACCGGGAAGCAGUAGUUUCCCGGCUGAGCACCCGACUAAGAAAGCCGAGUGCGAAAGCGUGGGGGCUGCGAUACGGAACUUGUUGAAGGAGGACAUCCGCCCUAAGGAUAUUAUGACUCGUCAAGCCUUUGAAGAGGCCAUGACUGUUGUGACCAUUCUCGGUGGCAGCACGAAUGCGGUCCUUCAUCUGAUUGCUAUUGCUGAUUCCGUUGGGGUGAAGCUUACUAUUGAUGAUUUCCAGGCCGUGUCAGACCGUACGCCCUUUUUGGCCGAUUUGAAGCCGUCUGGCAAAUACGUUUUCGAGGACCUGUUUAAGAUUGGGGGAACACCUGCGCUUCUCAAAUUUCUGGUCAAGGAAGGUAUCAUCAAAGGUGACGGCAUGACCGUGACCGGCAAAAUUUUGAAAGAUAAUAUUGCUUCUUUUCCUGGGUUCCCCGAGGACCAACCCAUCAUACGCCCGCUCAGCAACCCCAUCAAGCCAACUGGACAUCUUCAAAUUUUGCGAGGAUCGCUCGCUCCUGGUGGGUCAGUUGGAAAAAUCACCGGAAAGGAGGGACUUCGGUUUGAGGGCACCGCCAAGUGUUAUGAUGCCGAGGAUGAUUUCAUUACCGCUCUUGAGCGAGGAGAUAUCAAGAAAGGAGAGAAAACAGUUGUCAUUAUUCGAUACGAGGGACCGAAGGGUGGCCCGGGCAUGCCUGAAAUGCUGAAGCCUAGUUCUGCUAUAAUGGGUGCCGGCCUAGGAAACGACGUUGCCUUGCUUACGGAUGGUCGCUUCUCUGGCGGCAGUCAUGGCUUUCUGAUUGGCCACAUCGUCCCAGAAGCAAUGGAGGGUGGUCCGAUUGGUCUUGUCAAGGAUGGGGACCGUAUUGUAAUUGAUGCCGCCGAAAGGGUCGUGGACCUUGAUGUGCCGGAAGAAGAGAUGGAGCAGAGGCGGAAGGCUUGGAAAGCGCCACCGGUACGUGUCACCCGCGGUACACUGGUGAAGUAUGCUGCAUUGGUGAGCAAUGCUAGCCAAGGCUGUGUGACAGACGGCUUUAACAGCGCUGCCUAA